CAGCUGUAUCACUAUAUAUAUCAGAACUCUUUGCAAUACUUCCGUAUUUUAUGUUUUUUACAAUGUCUACCGGAGUAACUCGCGCGGAUAUCAGCGGAGCGAACUAUGAAAUAGGGCAAGAGAUAAGAUCUCAAAGCCAGCUAGAAGCAAGUCAUGUUGGCAAUUACCAGAACCAGUGGCAGAAACCUAUAUCCGAAUAUGGGCGGAAUGAUCCGGAAUGGCAGGUCAAGCUUAAUGCGUCGCCGUUUGUGGGUAAAAUAGAUGUUGAUGCAUCGGACUGGGAAGAAUCAAGACGAGCGAUUGACGCGGUGAUGAAAUUACUCCUUAAAGAACUACGAAGCCAAGCUGAGAACUAUGAAGGCCUACGUAUUGACUCCUACGUUCGCCAAGGUAGUUCAAGAGAGGGGUUAAAAGUUCUAAAAGCCGAUGAAUUCGACGCAAUGCUGGAGUUUCAUUUUGACGGGCUCGAGAGCCACAUUCAACCAGCAACGACCAAGAAUAGGAACGGAUAUUUCAUACCAGGACAUUGCUACUUGGAGCUUAAGGGCGUUGAUUUGGGCUAUCUGAAAGAUAAGUAUCCAAGAUUACACGCUAAAAGCAUUUUUAUCGUAUCUUCCGGAAAGGUGUACUUGAGCUCCAAAAAUCUUCACACGAAAGUUUUUCAAUCAAUGGUUGACACGGCAAUCGAUAACAUAAAUCAAGCGAUCGAACAUCACAACAGGGACACGAAUCAACCUUCGAGAUUCGGUUUGCGAAGAAAAAUGAAUCCGCCAUCUAUCAACGUAACAAUAAGUAUGAAAGGGGGUGUGACUUACGAUUCAUGGGGAAAUGUUAAGACUUCCACGGACAAGGAACUUGACUUAGACUUUGUACCUGCCUUUCUGUUAGGUAAGGACCAAACUACUAGGUACGAAGGCGUUUUGCUUGAAUGUCCGAUACACGCCAUUUGCAAAUGGGCAGAAGAAGACAGCUUCAAAGCGAUUGAAUUUGUUGACCAGAUCCUCAUUUGGGAUAUCAAGUCGGUCGGGUACGAAAGGCAUAUCCUAGACGUUGCACGAAGAGAUACAAAAAAGUUGUACAUUUUGACCGCGCUCAGAAUUCUGAAGACUUACUUUGUUAAAACAAAGGAGAUCGCAAGACAAUCGCGUGGCUCCCCUCCACAGAUUGUCACAGUGCUGAAGUCCUACCACCUCAAACAGUUGGCAUUCUAUCUUCUGAACUAUCUCUGCCACAAAUACCCGAAUUUUAAAGUAGAUGGUGUUCAAAAGGCUCUGCUCUAUUUCUUUGACAUACUACGCAUCGCCCUGACAGAAAAGUGUCUUCCACACUUAUUUUUCUCGGACAACAGCGUGAUUGGAGCAAUGCUUCCGGGAUACCCACCGAUACCUACACCAAAACUUAAGUUCAACAUGUUCAGAAGAAUACCGAAUGAUUCCCUCACACAGGCUCUUGCUUCGCUGGAGAAUCAUCUUAUACCAAAUUUAGGAUUUGGAUCUGGCAGUACAGACGACAACGAGAGAGAGAGAGUACAACAAGAUUUUAAACGCACUGUUGCCGGGUCGGAUUAUUUCUAGAUGCGAAAGAGUGAAUGCCUUUUUAAGGCAAAAUGAUAAUUAUAGCGAAAAUGGUAAGGAACAUUUCCCCUAUGGUCAAUUGCCCUUUAUACUGAAUGAACGUAUUGUUUUUUAUGAAAUGACAUUGAUGUGAAUUUAUUUUGCUUUUAAUAUAAUUAUAUUUAAUUUAUGUCCAAAUGACAAUACAUUUUAAGAACAGUUUGCAAAAAGAAAUAGAAACCAAUUGACUAAAUUGUACAUAUUGGUUAUAAAAAGAACACUAUGUCCUUCUGCAAAAUAGUUAGAACUAUCAUAUACAUAUUUUUAACGAAACAGAAUAUUUAACGAUACCGUUUUAAGGUGUUUGAAUGCUUCAUAUGGUUUUCACGGUUAGUCAUCGCUGUCAGCGUGUAAAUAGCCUGCAGAAGUUACUUACUGUAUUGUAGAAUAUGGAAACAUGAUUGAUUAAGAGACACAUAAUAUUAAUACUACACAAUGAUACUUGUUAUUAGUUUAUUAAUUGAGUUAUGUAUGUGUUCGUAGUCAUUUUAAGACACUGGUAAAUACAUUAAAGUUCUGUAAAACAAUUCUGAGACUUAGGCUCAUAUUGGAAGUAUUGUUUUUGUAAGCCUUUGUUUAAUUGUAAAAUUGUGUUACAUUCUUAUUUACAAGUAUGUCCUUUUUAUCUCUUAUUUUCACAUUCGCUUUUAUCAAAAUGGUUUACAUUUGCUAUUCUAUUUUUCAUGUCUAAAUCUUAUAUAAAGAAUGGCCAUGAAUCAAUGUAUUAUUUCGCUUGUAGUUUUUAUAACAUAAUAAUAUUUAUACGAUGAGUCCAAAUCAUGCUACUGGUUUUUGUUGUCAGUCAUCGUUAUCAGCGUGGAAAUAGACUGCCGACAUUCUAUAUUUAAGCAUUGGGAACGAUGUAAAAGCGAUGAAGUGUUACAUAAUUGUAUAUAUAAGCAACGUUUCCUAAUGAUAUUAUUACUGGUUAAAUCAUGAAUGUCAACGUAGUCAGUUUAUAACAGAUGAUUGGCAACUUAUAAAACACAUUUUCUGUAAUACGAGUCGGCGAAUUUGAGCUAAGGCUUAGAUAUAGUGUUCGUAUUGAUUUUGUUAAUUUAUCACUACCUUGUAUUUUUAUUUUAUUGGCUAAUGUAUGUAUUGCUUUAUCUAUAUUUGCUUUUUGAUUUUAUGUAUAUCUUAUUUAAAAUUUAAUAGACAAUAAUAUCAUUAAUCUAUUCUUUUUCAUUUAAGUUGCUUUAAACAAUAAGUCCAAAUGACACUAGUAAUUGAUGACAGCAACAGGUCAUUUGUGUGCGUAUCAAGCAAAAGUAUUGUUGACUGUUUUGGUCAAUAUUCAUUAUUUGCACUCCGCAUUUUUCAAACACUUACUAACGGAGUUCCUUUACAUGGAUAACACAAUCUUCCUGAAAUUUGCUGGAGAAUUUUCAUUCACUUCAUUAUUCAAGGAAACUGUCAUGCUUUGUUCACUUAUAAAUACAGUAUAUUUUCAAACCACCACAACAACAGCCAUACUUUAUAAUAAGGUAGAGAGUUCUCAAAACUGACGGAUAAGCGAAGUGUGACAUUGUUCAGUAAUUAUAAUAUCGAAUUGCUGUUUAAGACCAAUCAACAGAUUCUUUACUAAAACUUGACUGUAAAAAAGUCGUGAUUAUAUAUCUUAUAUAUGAUUUUGAUAGUAAAUUAUAUUAAGAUAAAUUCAUCGUUAUUCAAGUUUGUCAUUCAUUUAAUAGCACACUAUGUAUUACUAUUCGCAUUUUCAAAUAAAAACGUU